UGCUGGAGACACGUUUACUGCUCUAGUAUUGUUGCUAAGCUAACGUUAGCUGUUAGCUGCAGCUAGCUGGUUUAUGAUGAACGUUUACUUUAUGUUGAAUGUUAAUUAUUACUGGCGGGAAGAUAAAGCUUUAGCUUGAGAUCGCAGCAGGAGACUUCAGUUUUACCUCCAGACAUCCACAAAAUGAUUGUUAAAGAAGAGAAGCAGGAGUGGAGCUCCAGUCUGGACCAGGAGGACCCAGAGCCUAAAUAAAUUGCACCAGAAGUGACUGUUCUUCCUGUUCCUAAAUUGUGACAACACAGCGCCUGAUAGCGGCUUCGCUGGUCAGAGUGAAACCGCAGAGGUGUGACGGAGUGUGUGUGGUUGUGUGAACAUGUCUAAAAUCUAGUCACCAAGUUCACAUUCACUCCUGACCCUGUGAAGAGUGAAGAUGAUGAUGAUGAUGGAGAGAAAGCUCAGUCCUCACAGCUUCAUCAGAGUCAGACUGAGGAGAACAGAGAGGCAGAGCCUCCAGCCAGCAGCUCAGCUGAACACAUGGAGACAGAAGCUGAUGGAGAGGACGGUGGAGGACCAGGACCAGACAGGAACUCAGAUCCAGACAGACAUUUACAACCUGAUCCUCAUGUCAGGGCUGAAGACUCUUCAGACUUUAAAAUUGAAAUCAGUGAUGAUGAUGAUGAUGAUGAUGAUGAUGAUGAUGAUGAUGACGGUGAUAAGAAAGAGACCAGAGAACCUCAGUCAAAUUUAAACAGUGUUAAAAAUAAUGAUGUCGCUGUAGGAGAAAUCACUUAUAAUAAUGGUGAGAGAUCAUUUAUGUGCUCUGAGUAUGAGAAAAUAUUUCGUCACAAAAGAGAGCUGAGAAGACACGUGAGAACUCACACAGGAGAGAAACCCUUCAACUGGUCUGUGUGUGGUAGAAGUUUUGCUGACAAGUCAAGUGUGAUGAAACACACAAGAACUCACACAGGAGAGAAACCAUUCAGCUGCUCCCAGAGUGGUAAAACCUUUGGCCGUAAAACAAACCUGAAGGCACACAUGAGAAUCCACACAGGAGAGAAACGCUUCAGCUGCAGUGUUUGUGACAAAAGCUUCACUUGGCAUCAUCAGCUCAAAAACCAUCAGUGUGUUGGUCACUCAGCUGACUGUGGAGGAUCCACACCAGCCAGAGACCAUGUAGCACUCACUGUCACCCACUGACAUCCACAGAGACCACAGAUGUUAGUGACGGAGUGUGUGUGGUUGCGUGAACAUGUCUAAAGUCUACAAGCUGAGAGCGCUGGUGAAGCAGAGACUAAGUGCAGCUGCUGAAGAGAUCUUUGUUCUGUGUGAAAGAACCAUAGCGGAGUACGAGGAGGAACUAUGUCGUUCAGAACAGGAGAACCAGCGACAGCAGAAACUACUGGACACUGUUUUCAGCCCUCAGGUUCUGUUACACAGACCAGACAUCCAGCAGCUGCUGGUGAGGAGAGAGGAUCUUCCCCCUGAGCAGCAGGAGUGGAGCUCCAGUCUGGACCAGGAGGACCAGGAGGACCCAGAGCCCCCUCACAUUAAGGAGGACCAGGAGGACCAGGAGGACCAGGAGGACCCAGAGCCCCCUCACAUUAAAGAGGACCAGGAGGAACUCUGGACCAGUCAGGAGGGAGAGCAGCUUCAAGGACUGGAGGAGGCUGAUAUCACCAAGUUCACAUUCACUCCUGUCCCUGUGAAGAGUGAAGAUGGUGAUGAUGAUGAUGAUGAUGAUGAUGAUGAUGAUGAUGAUGAUGAUGAUGAUGAUGAUGAUGAUGAUGAAGAGAAAGCUCAGUCCUCACAGCUUCAUCAGAGUCAGACUGAGGAGAACAGAGAGGCAGAGCCUCCAGCCAGCAGCUCAACUGAACACAUGGAGACAGAAAUGAAGCUGAAUGUGUUUCUGCUGCUGAUCUGUUGCGUCUGUCUGCAGAGAGUCGACUGCAGUCUGCCCAACUUCACACCUGCAACGCCUCAGCUGCAGAUUGAAGUGACGGUGAACUCAAACACUGACAUCAAGAACGGGUUCAGUCGACUUCCUGGACUCUGUCGACGGCUGAAGAGACGCAGAGUCACUGUCCUGUGUAAUCUGGAGAAGUUCUGCUGGCGGCGGCGGGGUCAGAAGAAACAGUCUGGUCAGGUGUGUCGUUGUCCAUGGGGCUCCAGGUGUUUGCAUUUCUAUGUCCACAGUCUCUGAACCACCUUUAAAUAAUAGAAAUGACGUCACUCGGAGGGCGAACAACAUCACUAACCUUCUACCUGCUGGGAUGAACUUCAGCAAUCCAGAGGUUUUCCAUGAACACUUCCAUUUUAACACUUAAAUAACGGUCAGAAAAUUAAUCUUCUGUGCUGUUGCUAUAAAACAUGACAUCACAGAUAGGUUUUAAUACAUAAUAUAAUUUUUUUAAUUAUUUAAAUAUUUUUUAUUUUACAUAUUUUAUAUAUUAAGAUAAUAACUUCAGUAAAAAACAAACAAUAUGUUAAAACUGUGAGACUGCACACCAAUUUGAAUGUUUUCAAUUCCUAUUCAUUUAUGUUGGGUCCUGAAAUAUUUUAUUUUAUUUUGUAUAGAAUUAUUAUUUUCUUAAAUGUAUUUAUUAGUAACAUUUGUAAAAAAAAAUAAAUUUUGAAUAUUGAAAUUCAACAAAAAUUGCAAAUAAAGUGU